CAAAAGCCUGCGCUGCUCUCUCUCUCUCUCUCUGUGUCUCGCUCGCUCCGCUACGCAUUUUUGAACGUUAGGGCUUGGUUUUGGAGUUCUUCAUGGAGAAUCGCGCGGUGCUGUUGGUAGUGGUGGUGGCGACGGCUUGGCUGCUCGUGGAUGGCUCGGCGGGGCUGACAUUUUCGUCGAGGCUUAUACACAGGUUCUCCGGCGAGGCCGAGGCGCUGUGGGCCUCGAGGAACGGGAAUGUGCAGGGGAGAUCGUGGCCGAGGAGGAACAGCCUAGAGUACUUCGAGUUGCUUCUCAGCAACGACUUGAAGCGGCAGAGGUUGAAGCUCGGCUCCAAGUACGAGAUGCUGUUCCCUUCCGAGGGCAGCGGGACCUUGUUCUUCGGGAAUGACUUUGACUGGUUGCAUUACACAUGGAUUGAUAUAGGGACACCGAAUGUUUCAUUUCUUGUUGCAUUGGAUGCUGGGAGCGAUCUGCUUUGGGUCCCUUGCGAGUGCAUUCAAUGUGCUCCCUUGUCUGCCAGUUACUAUAGUAUGUUGGAUAAGGAUCUGAGUGAGUAUAGUCCAUCUUUCUCAAGCACCAGCAACCACCUACCUUGCAGUCAUAAUUUGUGCAAACUGAGUACCAAUUGUAAAGGUCCAAAAGAGCCCUGCCCAUAUAUUGCUGAAUACGACUCUGAAAAUACAUCAAGUUCUGGAUUUUUGGUCGAGGACAAAUUACAUUUGGCAUCGGUCAGCAAUCUUGCAACACAAAAUCAUGUGCAGGCUUCAGUCAUUUUGGGCUGUGGUAGGAAACAAAGUGGUGGCUAUCUGAAUGGAGCCGCCCCUGAUGGUGUAAUGGGAUUGGGACCUGGGGACAUUUCAGUUCCAAGUUUGCUUGCAAAAGCAGGAUUGGUUCGAAAUUCUUUUUCAAUUUGUUUUGAUGAGAAUGAUUCUGGGAGAAUUCUCUUUGGGGAUGUAGGGUUUGCCACCCAACAAUCUACUCCAUUCUUGCCUAUUGCAGGAAAAUUUGACACCUAUUUUAUUGGAUUAGAGCAUUAUUGUGUUGGGAGUUUCUGUCUCAAGCUAACCCAGUUCCAAGCUCUGGUUGAUAGUGGCUCAUCCUUCACAUAUCUUCCAGCCAAAAUUUAUGAAAAAAUUGUUUUGGAGUUUGACAAACAAGUGAAUGCUACCAGGAUUAAUCAAUCUGAAAGCACCUGGGAGUACUGCUAUAAUGCCAGUUCACAGGAAUUGCAUAGCGUUCCUACCAUGAGACUCAUGCUUAUUAUGAACCAAAGCUUUAUGGUCAAUAAUCCUGUAUAUUCUGUCCCUGUGAAUCAGGAAUUUACUAUAUUCUGCUUAACUUUACUACGCACGGACCUUGACUAUGGUGUUAUUGGACAAAACUUCAUGAUGGGUUAUCGCCUGGUUUUUGAUAGGGAAAAUUUGAAGUUGGGUUGGUCAAAAUCCAAUUGUCAAGAUAUUGGUGGUGAGCAAGUCCAUCUCACACCGCCGACGGCAGCAAAUGAUGGAUCGCCAAACCCAUUGCCAACCACCCAGCAGCAGAGCAUGCCCAAGACUCCGGCAGUUCCGCCUGCUCUUGCCGGGAGGGCUUCGUCGAAUUCCUCUGUAGCUGUGCCGUGUCAAAUUCCCUCCUGGCUGUGCUUGACGAGUUCAUUAGUAAUGCUACUAUGCCUGUGUGCCGGUCACCUAAUCAGAUCUCUCUUUGACUUGUAAAUCCUAUCUAUUCUUGUCAAAGCUCUCCUAAACUGGAUGUACUCUUUUUUAGGUUGUUGUAUUGAUUGGUGGUGGUUGAUGGUAAUAUUCUAUCUUUUUUGGUAUCAACUUUCGGUAUAAAUUAAUGUUGAAAAA